UUUUGGAGUGCUUACGCGGGCGAAUGGGCACCGCAUUCUGACGUACCAUUUCCAGCGGUGGACGCCUCGGUUGAGACCUGGUUGGCGGCAGCCAAGCAAGAACGAGACUAUAUUCUUCACCUGCUCCGCACCUUCGGUCACAGCCACGAAAUAGUGCAGCUUCUAGCCCCGCAAGUGCUGGACGAGCUAACUUCACCUUGGCGAGACGAAUGCUGGCAGACGGCGAUUGAAGCAGGGCAGCAGGAUGAGAAAACAGAUCCGACCCGAGUUCGCCGUCUCGCGCAGUGGGGGCUUCGAACAGAGCGCGCGGUUGAUAACAAGCGGAGGAAGGCAAUUAUGACCAGUACCGACGAAUGGGACGUAGAAAUAGCAGAGAACUAUGGGCGGGACGUAGUCAUGUGGCUAUGUGCUCCAUCGCGGACAUCUCGCUUAAGCAACUACAUAUUGUUUGCGCACAUUUACGCAGAGAAGGUGGCCGCAAUGAUUGGCGAGGACAGCCACCCUGAUGACUCAGCCCAGACCAAGCUUCAACGACACUUGACCGCUCUUCGCAAG